AUGGCGAACGCCAGCGACCUGGCCGGAGCAAGCAGCCCGGCCCCGAGCAGCGGUGCAGGAGGCGGGGGCAGCGGCGGGGGCAGCGGGGGCGGCGGCCCGGCAGCCCUGGGUCUCAAGCUAGCCUCGCUCAGCCUCAUCCUGUGCAUCAGCCUGGCCGGCAAUGUGCUCUUCGUGCUGCUCAUCCUCCGGGACCGCCACCUGCACCGGGCGCCCUACUACCUGCUGCUCGACCUGUGCUUGGCCGACGGGCUGCGCUCUCUCGCCUGCUUCCCGGCAGUGCUGCUGUCCGUACGCCGGGGAGCAGGCGCCGCUGGCGGGGCGCCGCCACCCGGCGCGCUCGGCUGCAAGCUGCUAGCCUUCCUGGCGGUGCUCUUUUGCUUCCACGCCGCCUUCCUGCUGCUGGGGGUGGGCGUCACCCGCUACCUGGCCAUAGCCCACCACCGCUUCUACGCCAAGCGCCUGACGGGCUGGCCGUGUGCCGCGGUGGUGUGCGUGGCGUGGGUGCUGGCCCUAGCCAUGGCCUUCCCGCCCGUCCUGGACGUAGGCACCUACCGCUUCGUCCGGGAGGAGGCGCAGUGUACCUUCGAGCACCGCCACGUCGGGGCCAACGAUACACUGGGCUUCAUGCUCAUGCUGGCCGCUGUGGUGGGCGCCACCCACCUGGUUUACCUUCGCCUUCUCUUCUUCAUCUACGACCGCCGAAAGAUGAAGCCGGCUCAGCUGGUGCCCGCAGUCAGCCAGAACUGGACCUUCCACGGGCCCGGCGCCACGGGCCAGGCAGCUGCCAACUGGACAGCGGGCUUCGGCAGGGGUCCCACACCGCCCACGCUUGUGGGCAUCCGCCCCGCCGGCCCGGGUCCCGGGGGGCAGGCCCGGCGUCUCCUCGUGCUGGAGGAGUUCAAGACCGAGAAGAGGCUCUGCAAGAUGUUUUACAUGAUCACCCUCCUCUUCCUCCUCCUUUGGGGCCCCUACAUCGUGGCCUGCUACCUGAGGGUCUUCAUCAAGGCUGGCGCCGUGCCCCAGGGUUACCUGACCACCUCAGUGUGGCUCACCUUUGCCCAGGCCGGCGUGAACCCCAUCCUUUGUUUCAUCUUUAACAAGGAGCUGCGAGUCUGCUUCCGAGCCCAUUUCCCCUGCGGCCAGAGCCCCCAGACCAGCCAGGGAACCCUUCUAUGCGAUUUGAAAAGCAUUGGCAUAUAAUAGCGCCCAAGCCCUCCAGCCCCUGCCUCU